UCAAUUUGAAAAUACAAAAAUGGCCUUAGUGUGGCCGUACCAGUGGUUUGAACAAUUUCAUGUUUGCUGUGGGUGGCUUUAAAGUGAUGGCUUCUGUGAUGUUUCAUUUGGGAAUGCUGACAAAGGUGCAUUAGUCCUCUAGUCUUGAAUUGUCUUUCUUACUGUGAUAGUUUCUAGAGUCCUUUCACAGAGUUUUUAUUGUUAGUGAUGGCUUCUCAGUCACAGAAUAAUAAUUUGCCCAAAUCCAUUCUGUUUCUAUAUGCCAAUCAUGUCUUUAAGCUACUUUGUCUUUCAGGCAACAACCUCAACUUUUCUGCUGUACUGUGAACUCAAGUUGAAUGCGGUGUUGGUAUUCCUGUGCAGCAAGUUCAUUAAAACUGUCUCUCUUAAGAUUUGGAGUUGACUAGAUUUGCCUCACACUAUCCCAUUAGUCUUCUGUUCUGUUCUAGUUAGAUACAAAGGACAGUGUUUAGAGAGAAACUGACAGUAAGUGCAAGUUCUAAGCAGAUCUGAUUGAGCAGCAGCUAAAGGAAACAGACAGCAACCAGCUUUCCUAAUAGCUGGUAUGUUUUUGUGUUCAAAAGCAACGUUGCAUUUUUUCAAUUUUUUCUUAGCUUGAACUGUAGAAUCUCAUUCUGUUCACAUGCCCUUGAUUUACGUAUUCACUGUGAAAAUGCACGUGGCUGAGAUGAGAAUCAAGUUGAUCACUUACUGCAGUGGUAAUGCUGAGUUGUGCUGUGUACAGAACUGUAUUUCUGGCCAGCAGAACUUGAAACACAUGAGAUUUAAAGAGAAAUAGAGGUGGGUUUUAAAUCUAUAAUUUCAGAUCUAGAUUCAUCUAAAAAAAUACAUGUUGCUGUGAUAGUUGUUUUGAUGUAGUUCUGAUUAUUUCACCAAUAAUUUCUCCCCCAUGCAGAGAUGCUGUUCCAGAACAAAGGAAACAGUGGAAAGGACUGUUGCAAAACAGCUGUGCUGAAAGAGCUGUACUGGUGUCGGCUUCUUUGUGAAGACAGCCUGUACAAACUGGCUGUGUCACCUUAAAAUCACCAGAAAGUGCUGUUUUUCAGUAGGUGGACUGCUGUUGUUACAUAUUUGUUAUUUUUCUCACUUGGCCAUAAACACUUGGCAUACACCCAUCUGACCUGCCCUGCUGCAGUGGAAGCUGUUUUCCUGCAGCGUUAAUCCCGUAGGGAAAGCAUAUAGCACUGUAACCAGGCUGCAGUAAAGGAUGAUGGCAGCUAUUUUCAUUUUAUUUUGUGUGUAUUCAGAAAACAAAAUGUGUUCAACUGAGUCACUUUGGUAAUCUUUUUUCAGUCUCUGCUUGGAGGUACCAUGUAUCAUCAUGGGCAUGGGCACUGUGUAGGUUGCACAGUGGUAUGAUUUCACCCUGUGUUUUUGUCAAUGAACUGGUUGUGUUGUCUGAUACACGUGUUAAAAACAAUAAGGCAUGCUGGUAGAUUAUAAAAUUGAGCUGUAUACUGAGUGAGCAAAGCAAAUAUUGCCCAAAGUAUUUCCUCUUUCGUGCCAGCAUUCACCUAGUUUGAGAAGGUGCUUUUGGUGAAUGCAUUGAUACCACUACCGUGGUUGAUUUAUUUUCAUUGUGUAAUAAUUACGUGUUGUUCUGUUGUAUUUUUUUUUUUUUAAGAGGAAAUAUUGCAGAUCACUACUUUAAUCACUAGAGCAGGUAAAAGUAUGACUUGCACUCAUAUUUAUUUGAAAAGGAAUUGUGGUAGGCACAGCUGGCCCAUUGUUGUGCUACGGAGCUGUUUUUCUGUUCAGAUGUAAGUUGUCAUUCAUUACUGGAAAAUAAAUUAGAUGGGGUUUAUUUCCAUGCUAACAAAGGUUUUGAGAAAAGUCCUGGAGAUAAUAUUAAACCAAGUUUUCAGCUUUUUGCUUGGGGGAAAGCUGGACAAAAUUAGUAGUGUGGAUGUAUCACGGAAAGCAAGUAAAGCUCCCCUGGUGGUAGUGAGAUGUUACCAGGUCUGUUACACGGAGCCAGGUGAGAGCCCAAGUGGCAGCAUGCUUUGCACCGGGUGUUUGCUGGAGUCAAGGAAGACUCAUGAGUCUUGCAGAGUCCGAAUGUGGUGAUGUUAACUGUAGACAAAGUGAGAAAACAGAAGAAUCUCUCUGUUGCGGAUGCAUUCUGACCCACAUAGUUGUUUGGUGUGAUGCACAUUGCCUUGAGAAACACUCAUAUUUUUUCCACCCACUCAGUAAUACCACUGACUAUGAAUACCUUGCGUUUGUGGGGUCAUGCUGUGAACUGCUACAAUGAAGUAAUGCAGGCUAAAAAUAAACCUUUUUUCUAUCCCUCUUUCUAUGCCAAUUCAUUUCGUCUCUGAGAGUGGAUGCUUUGGAUCAGAACCAGAGCAUCUUUCAGAGUGAAUGUGAGCUGCUGUCAGCACUAUUGGAAAAGUUUCGCCCAGCCUCUACAUAUGGAGCUGCCAGCUGCACACCUGAACACGAAGUGCACGAAUACAUGUAUUUAAAUGCAAAAGAAGCUAAUUUCUCCAUUGGAUCUGUGCAUACAUAUAUCGUUUAUUCUGCACCAGAAUUAACAGAAUUUCAGUACUAGUAUAGCUAAUAGAAUAUUUCUAAGUAUGUAUCUCUUCACUUCAGUUCAAAGAUAUUUGUUUUGCUCUCAGUAGCUCUAGCCAGCUGGGUACCAUCAGAGAUAAGGACACUCUACAGCAGUCCUAGAAUUUGCAGUUUUAGGAACUUACUUAUCUUUGCUCUUGUAUUGGGGUAUAUUUUGUGUUUGACCUGGCAAUGCAAGUGACAGUAGAAUCAACCCUGAUAAGGCAGAUGCUGAGAUACAGACAUACUGAUGCAUCGUGUUUUGUUGCUGACAGAUGAGAACAGUGCUCUAGGCUGUAAAUGUGGCUGUGUCUUCAUUACAAAUUGCAGCUCAGCUGUUCUGGACACCUGCCUGGUGCUGCUGCCAACCAGAUGUUGGCACUAGAAUAUUUUGUGGAUGAGACAGGCUCAUACCAAGACUUCUAAAUUAACUACUCAUGUUCUAUUAGAUUUUUAAUUUCUUUUUUAUUUUUACCUUCUGUUUCUGCAAUUUUUAAUGUAAUAACAACUAAGCAUUAUUUAUAUAAUUUAUAUAUAAGCAUAUUUGCGGAACGAUUUUGUGUGGCCUGCUACUUUUGCAUUUGAAAGAUCUUCGGUCAAGGGAAUAAGGCUGUCAGUGGGCCACUUCCUAUGAUUCUAAGGCUGAUGAUGUAUUUUGCCUUGUCUGUCUCUGCCAGGCAAUCUAAGUGAUUCUGGGCUGGCAUCAAAAAUCAGUGUACUUGUCUGAGUUUCAGAUUAUUUUUUUAACAAUUGAAUGGAGAUGAGUUUCAUCAAGACAGCCAUUAACUUGAUGACAUACCAUAGCUCACUUCAUACAACCCAUGCUCAUAAUCUUCCUCAAGCAAAUGUGUGAUAAAGAAAUGAAGGAGUAGUGCUUGGUAUCAGUGUAACCUAUGUAUGAGCAUAGCCUCUUAGGCUUGGGCAGCAUUACUCAGUUUGGAUGGAAAAGACUAUCGACAGCCUUAGGAAGUGAGAAAUCUCAUCUUUACAAAAUGCUCCCAGAUGUAAGAUUGUGGAAGUGGUGAAUUUUGAAGUGCUGCAACUGUUGGAAGGCAGCCCUUCAUGACUUCACGGAAGGGAGGCCCGUCUGCUCGUGAGGAAAGGCAACUGGUGGAAACUCUGAGAAGAUCUGUGAUUUCAAAAGGCAUAACUGGGCUCUGAAGCAGAGGCAACUACAACUGCAGUGUCAAAAAGAGCAUAGAGAAGCACGGGGCUAUACUUGCAUUUCAUGUCAUCGUCACUUCAUGAGGGAAGAGGAAGUUGGGCUGCAGCUCUGAUGUGCUUUCAUUUGUUGUUUAGUUCAUCUUCAGCAAAGACACCCUGAUGUGAGUGCUGUAAUAACUGCGUGAUGGUAGUCUCUUCACUGGAACUCCUUUUAGCAACGUGUGUUGGCUGCUUAGUAGCUGCAGAUCCCAGUAAUGUAAUAGUCACCCAAACACCAACGGAAAUGCACCUGUCUAUUGGAGAAUCCACUGAAAUAGCCUGUAUUUGGGAAAAGUCAGUUAAGAGAUAUAGAAUCAGCUGGUAUCUUGUUAAUAAGGAGAACAUCACCAGAACUCUAUCAUCAAAUCUUGUCUAUGUACGCAACGUCACCCAUCAAAUCAAGGAUGUCCUAGUGAUUGAAGCUGCCAGUGCAAAUGACACUGGGUUUUACUACUGUGAGAUAAUUAUUGAAAUACCUUUCUGUAAAAAAGUGUAUGGAAAUGGAACAAUGCUGGUCGUUGAAGAGCGAGAAGCUCAGUCAUUGGAUGAGAAAACGUCAGUAGUUUGGCUCAUCGUUCCCAUCAUUCCUUUCUUAGCUGCAAUGGGGAGCUUAUACUUCUGCUACAAAAAGAAACAGAAGUCGACGUUUUCUGGUUCUGCCCAGCUUCAUGCACCACAAGAAGGGCAUCAGGAGGAGCAGACACUUGAGGUGGCAGACAUUUAUAGAAGAACUGAAUCCACCAGAGAAGAAGCUGGAUGGGCUGUGUCUACGCUUUAUAACUCACUUGAUUCUUUUUACGAUGCAUCAAACUAAAAGAUGACAAACCCACUGUCACUACUGGACCCAGUGCAGCAGAUGAGCAAAUCCCACGAACUGGGGCAGCUGCAAAGACUAGAACUGGGGUGUGGUGAGGAGCUUCCAUCCACUUUGACAUUCAGAACUAAAGGAUCAUGUAAUAACUAUAAUGUUGUUAACAAGUUAUGGAACUGAAAACAGUAUGUAAUGUGCUGCUGGAAUAUAGAUUACAUGCAUUUCCUGCGAGAAGCGUGUCAGAAGAAAGGUUGGUUCAACACCAUUUCCUGAAUGUUUUCUGACUGACUUUAUUGUAAGGAGUCUAUGAAUUUUGAGAGCAAUUUUUAGAAAACUGUCUUCAACUCAACUGUUUUGAGUUGGACCAAAUGAUCCUUUCCAACUCGGGAUAUUCUAUGAUUCUAACUCUUCCUCUGUAUUCAGAGUAUGGAAAUAAUAUGGGAUGCAUUAUAUUUUGAAAAAUCUUCUGUACUGAACAACUUCCUCUGAACAGCAAAUGCAUUUCUUCAGGUAGCCCCUCUGUAAAUCAGUCUUUCAUCCUGAGAGAGCUGGGGCUGUUCAACCUGGAUAAGGGAAGGCUUCAGGGAGACCUGAGAGUGGCCUUUCAGUAUUUAAAGGGGGCUGUAAGAAAGAAGGGGACAUAUUCUUCAGCAGAGUCUGUUCUGACAGAACAAAGGGAAAAGGUUUCAGACUAAAAGAGAGGAGAUUACCAUUGCAUAUAAGGAAGAAGGUUUAUUGUUGUUUUGUUUUUUUUAACCAUGAGGGUGGUGAGACACUGGCUCAUGUUGCCCAGAGAGGUGGUGGAUGCCCCAUCCUUGGAGACGUUCAAGAUCAGACUGGCACCUGAUCGAGCUAUAGAGGUAUCCCUGUUGAAUGCAGGUGAGCUAUGGUAGAUGGCCUUUGAGGCUGUUUUCCAACUCAAAUGAUUCUGUAAAAUUGCAGAAGUUAAAGGAGAAUGCACGUCAUGGUAAUCACUUGGCCAAGCAGUCAGUAGUACGUACAGGAUGACGUCUGCUCUCUGAAAAGGUCUGUGCUGACAGUGUCAUAGCAUGGGUGGUGUGCCAGGAGGCGUCGUGUUCCUGUGGAAAGGGGCAAGACGUUAAUUCACAGAGCAACGGAAAGUCUUUCAGAGAACGCAGUCUCCUGUGUCAAAAGAAAUACUUGGUUUAAAUGAAGUUGUAUGUAAUAUAAUUAGCUGUAUUUAUUGCCUAGUGUCUGCUAUGCUGGACACAGAGCAGCUUUCCAAAGCCCUUCCAGGCAAUUGGCGCCAUCUCAACUGCUGGCUGCUGGCUGCUCAGCAUCCUGUAGUGAACUCCUUGCUUGACAGCGUGCCUUGUGCUCUGGCUCUGUUCAUGCUGUGGUGGCUGCAGCUCAUGGAUUGCCCUCCCAGAGUGCUGCAGUGCAUUGUGGAUGUGUGUCCUGCAGGAGAGAAAUUAUUUCUUACUCUACAAUUUAUGUAGAGGAUUUUUUUUUCCUCCUUUUGAACUUCAGUCACUUUAAAAUCUUGGUCUUUUUUGUCCUGAAAGUCAUGAUUACAGAUGCUUCCUCUGCUGCAUGGUGAGCGCUGUGCUGUGCCAUGUUCCUUUGAGGCUCACAGACAUGACUGUCCUUGAUUUCUGCAAACACUGCAGCUUUUUUUCUCUACACCACAGAGUCAGAGGCAGUAACAGGAAUGGUGACCUUCAGAACAGGUCAAGGAAACUCUCAGUUAUGUAUCACAGAUGUAACUGGGUGUGGCAAAUGCUGGCCAUUUUAUCUGUUACUGGUUACUUCUAUAAGUAAGCUCUGUAAAGAGAUGUGUACAAUAUUCAGAUGAUAAGUAAAACCACUAAAUAAAGAUUGCCACCUGGCCACAGUUUAAUAGUCUGUAAAUCAUAUUUUCAUUACAGCACCAGUAACAAAUCCUUGAUUAAAUGUGGUUUCUCAUAGCAGAGCUCCACAUUACUGACAGCUGCUCGUAUUUUGAAUGCUGACAUCGUUGUGUCCAACAUCUGGCAAUGGGGAGAUCGACCCCCACUUCAUCGUGUCUUGUUCUUGUCUGACAGAGCCGUGAGCUGCAGCUGAGCUCCCCUCCCUGUUUCUAUCCCACUGAUGGCACUGGCUUGGAGUUGUUGCACUUCAGCCUGUUUCCUUUCACUUGGGACUGCAGACCUCAGCUUGCUCUCUUCCUUGCUUCAUUGCACAAAGGUCCUGUGGGGCUCAGCUCCAUUCAGCUACCUGGCAUUUGGGCAGUUACUCUUGGCAGUUUGGCUGCUGGGUGCUUUGGUCUGGCUCAAGCCUUACUAACUUGCCAUGGAAUCUAUGGAAGAGGAGACUGGAGCUGCACCCCUGGCUCUGUAGCAUCAGGCAUCCCUGGCAGCAGACAGGAGGAGAAGGAGCCCCCAGCCCUCUGGCCAAAUAGUCAUGUUCCUGUGCGUGAUGCUGUGACUCAUAUUUUUGUGCCUCAUAAUGGCACUUUCUGAACAGCAGUGACAUUAGCUUAGUUAAACUAAAACUCAUCCGCAAUCUGAUUUUAUCUAAAGUGGUUUCUCUGUACUGCUGACAUCAAGAACUGCUGGCGUUCACAAAAACAACACCUACGGCCCAGGCUUUAACUGAUUUCAGGCUGCUUCCUGCAUUAGUUGAGAACGCUGUCAGUGUGGAAGCACAGCUCCAUGGGGCAGGCAGCUGUGUGAUUGGAUCCAGUCCGUACAGAGGGCAGAUCUAUGCAGGCAGGAUGUGUUCGGAUGACAGUACUUGGCUAACUCGAGUGCUGGCUGCGAGACAGAAGCUGAAAUCAAUGCUUGACCUGAGAUAAGGUGCUUUGCCUGCUCCUCCAUUGAAGACUACCAUCUUCAAGUAGAUCUUCUAUUUAAGGGAAACACUGUUCUCUGAAGAACCACCUGAGGAGGAGCUGACGCAUAUGAUGUGGGGCCCAUGUUUCCACUCACCUAAGACAGACGUUGUGUUGCUUUUAUUCUGGCUCACAAACUGGGCUUUCCUACCUCAGUGCAGUUUUGUGCACUGCAUCAAUUUCAGUCAGACUCCAAACUGAUGCAUGUUGCCACAUCCUUUAUAAACAACUGCAGAAACAAAGCGGAAUAAAUAUACGAUGAUCAGAAUUUAUUUUUGCCGCCAUACUUGUCUUGGGUAGGUACAGCAGGGCUGGUUUGGUGGUGGUUUUAUUUUUUUUAAUAUGUCAUCCUAUAUCACUCCUGUGAACGGGAAACUGCAAAUCCAACUGGAAAAUGGAUGUAGAGAUCAAAAGAACAUUCACCGAUUUCUCUGAAUAUGAGAAAGGGUGGAUGAUAAUGUGUGGGCUGCAACGCUGUAUGAAGGCAGAGCUGCCCUCACAUAAGUCAUCUGAGAUCUUUGUGUCAGUGAAAUGCCUGGUGCUCUGUUACCUGCUCAUGUUUGCCUUGUCCCAAACCUGAAUACCUGCACUCCUGCAUAGCAGGAUGGCAGCCUCUGGUUAGGGCUGUGAAAGCAAAUCCGAAUGUAAGCAAUAGGUUUUGCUCCCUUGUUACAGCUUUUAAUUCUGGAAAGAGAGUGAAAGGUAAACAUCACCAGUGAAUGCAGCAGAAGAGGUCAGCUGGUAAAGUGACAGCCUCCACAAAGAUACUGCUAGUCUGAUGGAGUUGGCUCAGAGUAACCCUCCUUUCUCAUGUUAGCAGCUCUACAAUGUUAAAUUUAGUUUUUCCUUGUAAGUUUCUUUUUAAAAUGCAAACUUUACAUAAAUAGUCUGGCCCUAAACUGGGCUCUAUCGAGCAAGAAAGGAAAUGGAAAAAGCAGCUGACAUGUUGUUUGGGCUCUGAGCGAGGAGGCUGACAGCCUCUAGGCAGAAAGAGCAAGAGCUGUUUUUUCACCCUUCCUGUCUGCAAUGCUGUGACAGAGCUAUGGGGCUGCUAAGCAUCCUGUAUUAUUUCUGCUCUGAACCCACAUACAUAACAUUUUACAAGGGAACAAUUAUGCUGAGCAUGUUGGCAUUCCACUUCGGUCAUUUGCUGGGGGUCAGCCUCAUGACCACUGCUUGAAAUGAUCCCUUUGGGAGUUUUUGUGUUGUUCUUUCUGACCAUAGCACAGGACUUUCCCCCAUGCUGACCACAGCUCAGCAGGAUGUGCCUGCAGAAUUACAGAAGCAUGAAGGUAGUGCAAAUGACAACAGGACUGCCUGUGUGAGAGUGACCAAGCUGUCGUGGUUGUUGGAAAACAACAGUGAAAAACUUCUGCCUAUCAUUACAAUAAAAAAAAAAACAAAAGAGCCUUGGAAGCCUUAAUAUCAUGAAACUUCAGCACAGAAGUAUAUAAAUCCCACGCAGGGUAGCAUGAAGGAAAUGAUUCAAUCAGAGGCUGAAAACUAGACAGAAGUAUUUACACUGUAAAUAUUGAUUUACUGUUAGUUGGCUUUGGUAUGCAUGACUUUACCUGUCUUUAAAAUAUAUGUACAUAGUAUGUGAGCUCAUCAAUCAAUUUUAAGGGUAUUUUGAGAAAUAAAUGAUAAAAUGAUGACCUAUGCAGUUUUGAACCCUGAAAAAUUGCCAAAAAACUGUGAGUGGCUGCAGCAUUUAAUCCCCAGACGUACGUAUGUGUGCUGUGGAAGUGAGAUGGCAUUUAAAACCAUUACUCAGAUGUAGAGCAAGUUUUUGGAAUUGGUGCAAAGGAGAACCUUGCUCUUUAGUGACUGAAAUGUGUUGUUGCUCUAAAUUCAACAAGAAAAUGGGAUGCUGAAAAAGAUGAGGGUUUUGAUAAUUAUGUCUCAGUGUGGAACAUGCACUGCUUGUUUUUCUGUAAAAGGCAAAUUGAAAAGGGAAUAUUAGAAAUACUAAUUGAAAAGGGAAGGGCUGUUUAGUACUGCUGCAAGAAGAACUCUGAAUUCACUUCAAAUUGUGUUUCCUCCUGUGCUUCCUACAUUCUGGUAUUUAAAUUGUGAGAACUGUCAGAAAGCUGUUCUGCAAACCUUUUGGGGUAAAUGUUAGGGGAUGAGAAGCUCUAAGAGAAGUUUAACCUUUCAGCUGUGCCGGCAGUGACGCUGACACAAAUGGCUCAUUAGACCUGAUGAAUGUAUUUAGUCAGACUUUUCCAAAGCAGAAGCCGCUGCAAAGAGCACAGGGUAAAAUUUAUUUUCUGAGAGGAAAUCAGCUCAAGGUCGUACAGAUCACAUUUAAGCCUGAGUGCCUGGCCAAGUGCCACUCAACUGAAGCAUCUGAAUGGUUUCUGGAAACAGCAUGACUCUGCACAUCAGCAUCAUAUUAAUAAAUCACACUUCUGGCCCAAGUCAGGGCAGCAGGACCUAAUUCUGUGUAAGUUCUCUGUAAUGCCUCAUCCAAGCUGUUGUGUACAACAUUCCUCCAAGAAAGAAACUUGAAGGAAGCAACUGGUGGCUGUUGUUUGCAUGGAGACUGAUAUAAAAUGUAACCCAAUGCCAGCUCCCAGCUCAUCUCCCUGAAUGCUGGAUAGGUGGGUUGGCAUCAAAGCAUUUCUUGCUCUCUUGCAUGGCCUUGUAUUUGUACUCUGCUCUGUUUUGCAAACAGUUGGGGAUGGUCUAUUCUGUGCCUUGUGCACCAAGCUGCUCUUCUUAAUGAAAAGCAUAUCAGAAGAAAAUAUUUAAGCAAUACAAAGCAUGUGAAUUGAAAGUUUGAGUAGUUCUGGGGUGUGUGCGUGCAUGUGAAUGCAAAUAUGUAACAUGUAAAGAAAAUAAAUAAAUAGAAAGCAGACGUUGCCACCAUGGUGACCUUUCUGUUUCUAGAAAUUCAAGUCCUGUGGUCUAUUUCGUUUUAGCAUUUUUGAGGCACUUUCUGAAAACCUCACUUCAACUGUUUUGCACAGAGAAGUUGGGGAUGAGGCUGCCUUUUCUGCUGAGUUCCAUGGCAAAGGUGUGGCUCCAGUGAUGCAUCCUGCUGACUGAAGCUAAUGCUGUCCCCCAUCUGUCUUUUGGGGGCAUUUUUUUCUCUUCCUCUAUGGUCGCUAAUAUAGAUGAACAUGAUCCAAAGUCCAGAGCAUGUGUGAAGUGUAGACACUUCAUUUUGCCCAGGUUUCCUUUAGUGGGAAGAACUGGUUUCUCUUUAAUAGCCAUGUUUUAUGUUCAUGUGUCAGAAAAGGACAACAACGUUGUUGAAACUUUUUAAAGUGCAUCUCUUGGAUAAAGCUGAUAUAAACAUAGAACUGAUUCUCACAUGAGGGCCAUUCCUCAUUUACUGAAUUAAUCACUCAAGUCAUCAAGAAAAAACCUUUGAAAUGGAUUGGUUUUUGUCUUGAGAAUUCAUCAACUAAUUCCUGGGUUUACAAUCUUGUAUAAUGUCACAGUUUGUGGGAAGGUAGCUAUGUUGCCAACAAAUGAAGAUCUUGACUGAAGAUGGGGAAUCUAUAUACUUCUACAUUUAUUUUAUUUACAUACUCAGUGUGUACAUCAAAGUGAUGCAUAAACAUGAAUAAUGGGUGAACUAAGAGUUUAGCAAUUAUCUUUAACAGUAAAAGAAAGACAUGAAAAAGUGUUUUACAUCAUAGGUUUGUAUGUAAGCAUUGUGCGCUACUGUUCAGCAAGACCUGGACAGAGUGGAGAGUUGGGCAGGGAGGAAUCGGAUGAGAAUGAACUAGAGCAAGCGUAAAGUCUUGCACCUGGGGAGGAAUAACUGCAUGCAUCAGUACAGAUUAAGGGAUGACCUGUGGGAGAGAAGCUCUGUAGACAAGGAUGAGUGUUCUGGUGGACAACAGGUUGGCAAUGAGGCAGCAGUCUGCCUUUGUGGCCAAGAAGACCAAGGGGAUCCUGGGGUACAUUAAAAGAGUGUGGCCAGCAGGUCGAGGAAGGUGAUUCCCCCUCCACUCUGCCCUGGUGAGGCCACAUUUAGGCUACUGUGUCCAGUUCUCCAGUUCUGGGCUCACCAGUUCACAAAAGACAGGGAUCUCCUAGAAGGAUUCUAGCAGGGAGCCACAAAGAUGAUUGAGGACCUGCAGCUUCUCCUGUGUGAGGAAAGGCUGAGUAACCUGGACCUGUUCAGCCUGGGGAAAAGACAAUUGAGGGAGGACCUGAGUAGUGUUCAUAAAUAUCUAAAAGGAGUUGGGAGACAAAUACAUGAGGCCACGCUCUUCUCAGCAAUGUGUAGCAGCAGGACAAGAAGCAAUGGCCUAAAACUUGAGCAUGGGAAGCUCCAUAGAAACCUGGGGAAGUACUGCUUUAAAUACUGGUGACGGAGCAGUGGAACAGGCUGCCCACAGGGGUUGUGGAGUCUCCUUCGAUGCAGACAUUCAGCACCCUUCUGAACACCAACCUGUGCAACCCAUUGUAGGGUGCCUUUAGCAGGGAGUUGGACUUGAUCUCUUGAGGUCCCUUCCAACCCCUGCAAUUCUGUGAUUCUGUGAACAUUUAAAUAGUUAUGUAAUUUAUCUAGGUGUUCAAAAUUCUUAACACAUUGCAGCAAAAGCUUUAAUUACCUGGGAGAUAAAACUUUCCAUUUUCAAUUCUUUGUAUUUGCUUCUCUUUGCAAAAAAUCAGAAGAUGUUUUUAAAGUCUUGUUCUUUCCACAUAGGAGUGAUGUUUAGCUGCCAGUAAAUACUCUCCUUAAAUGCAAAAGUCUAGAAUCAAAUGUUCCAAAUGUGGCUGCCACUUUUUUAUCCUGUAUAAUUCAAUUUUUUAACAACUGAAAAAAUCAGGGCACUGCAGACAGGGUGCCUGAUACGGUUUAGUCCCUUUCCAUGUAUGCUGUAUGAAAUCUCUGUAUGAAAUCCACGCCUGCUGGAUUUAUGACUCACAAAUUAAAUGCAGAUGCAAUAUUCAGAGUAAGAAUUUGGAUGACUGUGGAUGAGUAGAAGAAAAUGUGCCUGAAAAUAUUUUAGACCAGUGGUUGUGACCCAUAGGAGUUACAGUAAGUAUCUGUUCCUCGUCACGGGCCUGGAUGUGAGUUACAGUAUGUCCACAUUAAGAAACGCAAACAAAAGAACCCCUCACCCAUCAUGAUGAUGAGCGUGGAAAUCUCAACAAAAACUGUCAUUUCACUUUUGGUCUCCAAAACUGUGUGGAGCCCCCAGAGGACAACAAAAUGCUGGAUCCCCAGAGGCCAUUGUUGAGUGUGCUCCCUGGCACCAGGCUCCAACACCCACCACCUCUGUUUGCUCGUAGCUGCGCUUCCUGGUCCUGGUUAUUUCCUGAAAUCACUGGAAACAGAGCAUAGUUUUCCAAGAAGCUUAUUAGUUAAUUAUGCUGCUGUGUUCUAGUCUCCAUUUCCAUUUUUACCUAUUCUAGGAAAAACAAUAUAAACAUGUAUAUAUAUGUGCACAAAUAUAUAUAUGAA